AUGGAAGAGGAAAUGGACAAGAUGUUCAACACAGAUGACUACCCAGCAGUUGAAGAGAUUAUCAGUGCAGCUAUACCAAAGGAAGGUGCCCGUUUCAAAACAAGAGACGAUGCAUUCUAUAGAUACGCUCUGUAUGCAAGAAAGGAAGGAUUUGCAGUGAAGAAGUCCAGCAGCAAGAGAUCAGGAAAAAACGGAGAAAUUUACAUGCAAACAGAAUUUGAUGGAUACUGGUACAUCAAGAAGAUUCAAUUAGAACACAACCACCUGCUGGAACCAACAGACUAUCUCAUUAGGUUUGCACACUGUCACAAAAGGAUGACUGAUCUCGACAGGAGAUUAAUUCAUCUACAACAGAUGGGACGUCUGCCACCAAGGAAGAUGAUGUUAAUCUUCCGGUCAAUCAGAGGGAAAUUCCGUGGAAUACCCUUCGAUGCUAUUGAUCUAAGCAACAUAAAGAGUCAACAACAACAAAUAGAGAAGGACCAUGACAUCCAGAAGUGCCUGGAACGCUUCAAGACACUCCAGAAAACAGUACCUGGCUUCUAUCAUGCCAUGGAAAUAGACAGCGAAAAAAGAGUUCGCAGCCUGUUUUGGAUGGACGCAAUGUGCGUAAUGAACUACAAUCUGUUCGGUGACUAUAUAUCUUUCGACACAACUUUCAGCACAAAUAAUUAUGGCUUACCAUUUGUUCCUAUAGUUGGGGUGAACAAUCACGGCUCCACAGUACUGUUUGCCGUUGCUCUGCUCAAGGAUCAAACAACAGAUACAUUUAUAUGGGUACUGGAAACAUUUGUUCAGGCCAUGGGUGGAAAAGAACCGAAGACAAUAAUAACAGACCAGGACAAAGCAAUGAAGAAAGCAAUAAAAAUAGUUCUAAAGUCCACAACCCACAGGAACUGCUACUACCACAUCGUGACCAAGAUGAGUCAGAAAGAGAGCACCUUCUUUGCAAAAAACAUAGGACUGUCAGAAAUGCUAAUGUACAUUGCAAAGAACGCAUUCACACCAGCUGAGUUCGAAAUGGGAUGGAAUAAAGUGAUAGAGGAUUACAAUGCUGGCGGAGAAGAACACCUAAGCAAGUUAUUCAGGAUAAGACACAGGUGGUGUUGA